AUGAUCAACUGGGACCAUGCUGUUUGUGUACUUACAGGUCCUACUUGCACUGAGCAGAACUUUGUGUCUAAGGCUGGUGCCCAGCGUGUCGCUGCAGAGAAAGGAAUCAUCUUGGUUGCGUCGGAUACCAGUCCACGAGGUGAGGGUGAAGAUGAUAGCUGGGACUUUGGGUCUGGGGACUUCUAUGUGGAUGCCACAGAGGAAAAAUCGAAGACCAACAAUCGCAUGUAUUCAUAUGUUACAAAGGAGUUGCCAGAAGUUAUAAAUGCCAAUUUCAGCAGUUUACCGAACAAAAUGUCCAUAUUUGGUCACAGUAUGGGAGGUCAUGGGGAACUCAUCUGUGCACUGAAGAAUCCGGGCAAGUUCCAGUCAGUGAGUGCUUUUGCCCCUAUCUCCAACCCAAUCAAAGCACCGUGGGGGACAAAAGCUUUCACAGGAUAUCUUGAAGGGGACCAGUCUAAAUGGCAGGAGUAUGAUGCCACAGAACUGGUGAAGAAGUACAUUGGUCCUGCCCUCAAUAUGCUUGUUGACCAGGGAAAGGCAGACAACUUCUAUGUGGAAGGACAACUCCUGCCUGACAAUCUGUCAGCUGAAUGUGCGUCCAACAAUGUGCCAAUCAAUCUGAGGAUACAUGAGGUUUAUGACCAUAGCUACUAUUUCAUCGCCACAUUCAUCGAGGAACACAUCAACCACCACGCCAAGUUUCUCUUACAGUGAAUGACAAUGCAAUACCAACAGCAGUUGGAUAAACGGCACUGGCUUGGUUUUAAUUAUUAUGAUUUUAUUUGGAUGAAAUGUGAUUGUACA